AUGGACUACAAAACAGCAGCACAAUCACCAUCAACAGUCGCCGAAGCAACAACAUCGUCGGCUUCGUCAAGCUCAAAGACGGAGGAGCUUGAUUAUCCUCUGCACGCCGUCGGUUUCGAAAUCGACGAAGUUUCUUCCACUAGAGUUACCGGCCAUCUUCUUGUCACUCACAAAUCUUGCCAGCCGUUUAAGGUGUUACACGGGGGAGUGUCGGCGAUGAUAGCGGAGUCACUAGCGAGCAUGGGGGCUCACUUAGCAAGUGGACUGAAGCGGGUGGCCGGAAUUCACUUGAGUAUCAACCAUCUUAAGCACGUUGAUUUGGGUGAUCUUGUUUUGGCUCAAGCUGUUCCUCUCACUAUUGGUCGUACCAUUCAGGUGUGGGAAGUUCAAUUGUGGAAAACAAAUUCCAAACCAAAUCCAAACCUAAACCCGAAUCAAAAGUCGACGACAGAGACAAAGUCGUUGAUAUCAGUAUCCAGAGUGACUCUGCUAUCCAACCUUCCAGUGCCAGAGCAUGCAAAGGAUGCUGAUAAACCUAUUCGUAAAUAUGCCAAAUUAUAAGUAUAUAUAUACUUCCACGUCUAUAGUUCUACGUAGGUCUGUGCGAUGGGCUUGAUACGAGCCAGGCUAAGCUCAAAUGAAAACAAUUCUGGGUAAUGUUCAUGUAUUAGUAAUUUAGUAUUAGUAUCACACAGAGGUAAGAAUGUUGAGUAGCUAAUAAAUAUUGAUGCCUAAAUUCUUAAAGCCUUUGCUAUCGUAAAUUUGAAAAAAAUAAGAUUAUUUAA